CUGUAGAGUUGAUCAAUGUCAGUCUCAUCCACUAUGGGGCACCAAGUGAAGUGGACACUCAGCUAGGCGUGGUCACAGUCCCCAAACAUCUGUGGUCAGAUCUGAGUCUGCCAUUAUUGAGGCAAAUUUUCAAGCAGCAGUUAUCCCAGGUCUUACCUGAAAGAUUCAUUUUCUGUUCAAGAACAAGACAUGACAUCCAAUUUGCUCAGGAGAAGGACGUAGGUGCAGCACAGAUCUGUAAUGGCAAUGAUACAAUUUUGAUCAGAAACAACUACGAUAUACCAAGGUUACUAGUGAGGAGCAGUAGUGCCAUUCACGGACAUCUAUACCUUGCAUAUGUGUCCUGUUUAGCUGAUCUCCGAGACUUGAUCAGCACAAAAUGUACGGGUCUGAACGGACAGAAUAAGACAUUCCACUUUCUCUACAGUGAUGGAUCUCCUGUGGCAGCUGAGGUGGAGGAGGAGACUCCUGUACAUGAGGUUCUUAGAGGUUGUGACGUGUAUAUUGAUUUCAAGGAGCUUAUACAGCAGGAAUCUGAAUUUACCACUUUAUUACUAAAGCGGAAGUCACAAUUAGGCUUGAGCCAUGCCAGGACAAAAACAAUACGGUUGUCAUUCUCCUCAAGUAAAGACAUUGAGCGUCAGGCUAGUGAUGAUGCUGUCUCCAGUGUUCAAGUCUCUGGCAACAGCAAGCCACUGCUCAUUAGUUAUGUCAGGGCUGAAGCAGCAGAACACGCCUUAAAUCUGAAACGCAAGCUCACAGAUAUUGGAUUCUCAGUAUAUUUGGAUGUACAUGAGAUAAAAUCUGGCAUAGACUGGCAAGACUCCCUGAACUAUGCAGUUAGCAACUGUGAGGUUUUUAUUCCUCUGGUUACACCACGAUAUGGCGAGACUCAGUGGACAAACAGAGAAGUCAAACUUGCUGAUGUGCUUGGAAAGGCAAUUCUGCCUGUGAGUUUCUUGGAAGAAUGGCCUCCACGGUGCUUAGCUAUCCAGUUUGCUACCACUCAGUUUGUCUGGUGGAAAACUCCUGAACAAAUUGCUCAAGGUGAAGAAGCAAAAGACAUCCGCAUAUGGGAUCCCAAGUACAUUGAGAUGGUGGCCAGGGAGAUAGGCAGACGACUGAAGACGCUUAAAUCUAGCAUCACUUCUAAGCCUGCCCUCACGAGAAUGAAAACUCUGAUGAAGACGUUUGCUGGACGUCUGCCAGCUUUUGCUGCUCCAGUGUUGAACAGCCAGGAUAGUGAGGAGCCAACAGGUCCACAGAUUGUCAUCUGUGUUCAUCCUAAUGAAGUUGAAUAUGGCUACAAGCUGAAGGCUUGGCUUGAAGAAGUGGGCCAUUCUGUAUGGGUGUCGGCUACCAAAGGACACUCCCCGUCUCUACCAGAAACUGACAAGAUCACACCGAGUCAAGAAGAUCUGUCUGCUUUGAUGAGAGUAGAGCAGCUUUCACGUAGUUCAGCAGACAGUUAUUUUACAGUCACAGCGGAGCAGGUGGCAGAGUUCCAGCAAGCCGUAGACAAGGCUGUUGUCAUUAUCUUUGUUCUGUCAAAGGCAUUCACACAGUCAAAAAUAUGCAGACAAGAGAUCUAUUACUGUGAGCACAGAAAGCAGAUUCUGCCUGUUGCUUAUGAAGAAUUCCGAGUUCCUUGCUGGCUCAAAAUGCUGAUCAGGGCCAAAAAACUCUUGUGUGCCACCAAUCCGUGUUUUUACAAGAUCUUAUUAAUGCAAAUCAAACGAGCUCUGGAUCCAACUGCCAAAAAUUGCCUGGAAACUGACAGCUUGGAGGCAAACAUCAGUCUCGCAGUUCAGUAUUUGAAGAAAACCUUGGAUGUGAAGCACUGUGUCUAUGUAUCUGGGGCCACCAAGUUUCAUGACGCCAGAUCUGAAGCAGUUUGCAGGUCCAUAGGAAGGCAUCUUGCAAAGCUGACCUCAAUCACUGUUGUCACAGGGGGCUGUUAUGGCACCAGUGAGACUGUAGGACGCACCUACCAUGAAGAAGCCCAGAGACAGUUCCAGAAGUCAAUAGUUUGGCAUGUGCUUCCUGAGCAAGAUUCACAGGAUACGAGUGAACGGUACAACCAGAGUUCUGAUGGAACCUUUGCUCUCAAAGAUUUUGGCCAGACUUUAUUUUGUGGACAGAAUUUGUGGGAAAAAGAAACCAUUGUAGGACGCUGCUUCCAGAUUUAUUUGCUGAUUGAAGGUGGUCAAGAUGCUUCCCAUGAAGUAGAAGAAUUUGUUUGGAGUGACCACGUGGUUGUGCCAGUGUACUCUGCCUAUGAAACAGGUGAACACACUGUCACAGACAAGAUCUUUCAGCUACCACCAGGAGUGUCUGAGAGUGACUGGAAGUGUCUCAAUGACAGAACCACCCCAGUUGAAAAAGUAGGAGAAGCCGUGGCCAACAUCAUAUCCGACUUACUUGGACGUCUGCACCAGCAGCUGGGGAGUCCUUCCAAGAUGGAACAGCAUGGAUCCAGCACUCAAACUCCAGAAGUAUUUGACCCCAUGGAGGACACUGAGAGAACCUUUCUACCUGACAACGAUAAGGAGUCAAUUGCCAGCCUUCGCAGUAUGCAGACUUAUGUCCCUUCUUCCUAA